GAAGCCCGGCGGCUAGGCUAGACUAGACGCGUCGGGAGGAGCUGACCGGCGGCACGUGACCGACAGCAAAGGCCGCGGCCCAGAAAUAGCUGCCUCCACGGUUCCGCCCCGCGGCCGGCGAGAGCUCUGGGAGACGGCUGGACGCAGGCUGGGCGCGGUGCGGCCCGGACGAUGCUGCUGAGCCCCGGCCCGGCCCGACCCAGAGCACAUGAUGGCGAUACGGGAGCUCAAAGUGUGUCUUCUCGGGGACACAGGGGUUGGGAAAUCAAGCAUUGUGUGUCGGUUUGUCCAGGACCACUUUGACCACAACAUCAGCCCCACCAUUGGGGCGUCUUUCAUGACCAAAACAGUGCCUUGUGGAAAUGAACUUCACAAAUUCCUCAUCUGGGACACCGCUGGCCAGGAGCGGUUCCAUUCCUUGGCUCCCAUGUACUACCGUGGAUCAGCUGCAGCUGUCAUAGUCUAUGACAUCACUAAGCAGGAUUCAUUUCAUACCUUGAAAAAAUGGGUUAAGGAGCUGAAGGAACACGGCCCAGAAAACAUUGUGAUGGCAAUUGCCGGAAACAAGUGUGACCUCUCUGAUAUUAGGGAGGUGCCCCUGAAGGAUGCUAAGGAAUACGCUGAGUCCAUAGGGGCCAUCGUGGUGGAGACAAGUGCAAAGAAUGCCAUUAAUAUUGAGGAGCUCUUUCAAGGAAUCAGCCGGCAGAUCCCACCCUUGGACCCCCAUGAAAAUGGAAAUAGUGGAGGGAUCAAGCUUGGGAACCAGAGCUUGCAAGCCAGCCGGCGGUGCUGCUGAGCCAAGGGAGUGGCAUCAAGAGCAAGGAGGACGGAGCCAGAGCCCUCUCCGGUGUCCAGUGCACACAGAAGAACCCCAACCACAGGGCUAACUCUGCCUGCUGGAGAGUGAGCAGCUUUGUACCCUGGGAGACCUGCAGGAUGCUGAACAGGGAAGUUUCCUGAAAAGAAAUUUUGGAAAACUCACCAUACCACCACAACGUGGCCUUCGGUUUAUGAAAUGCACACAGCAAGGCUUAUACUUGCUAGGUAAUAGGUAUAGUUGCCAUUUUUGUUAAAGAAGUAUUAGAAAAUUUUUAGAUUUGUCCACAAACCUCACAGUGCUGUUCUUCAUUGAUUUACUGUCACCUAGUCAGAUUUCAAUAAUGUCUUCAGGACCAGGGCCUUCCUUUCUGGCAAGUUCACCAAAAAGGCAAAGGCAAUAUAGUAGGUUAGCUCUUAGCUGGCUUUGGAAGUAAGCAUUUAUUAGUUUUCUGAAGGAAAUCGGAGAUGCACAGCUGUGCCAUUGUUCAAAUUGAGAAGUGAUCUCCUGUAAGAGAGGCAAAAGUUGGAUUAGAAAUUGCCAUCCCUGUCUCCUUUCAUUUAUCUGAUGAACAUUUUUCUAAAGUAUGGUCAUUUGUAAAUCAACCAAGUCAUAUUACAAUGUUACAUAUAAUUUUGAGGUUGGGAGACUCUGAUUAAAAGAGUUAAGUAGUUGCUAUGUAAGCAGUGGUGGAUGGAAGAUAUAAAUGGAAUUCAGGGUACCCCCAGCAUGCAUCUGCCCAUAGCAACGAGUUUCUACUCUUGGGAAUGAUUAUUUCACAGAGCAUUAGGAGACAAUGUCAUGAUGUCACAUCUAGGGAUAUUUGAACCUAAAUUGUAGGGUAGACUUCUGUUAAUAGCAGCUAAUCAUAGGUUGCAGCAAACCAGACAGAGGAAUGUUACCACCCUAAAAUUCUGGACCCCUAAAAGGUAUAAAAUCACAAGAGUCCCUUAAACUUUGCUGGCUUUGAAGAAAAAGGCUGUCAAGCAGUCAGUGCCAAGUUCCAGUCAUAGACGGUGCUUGUCAACUCCAGGAUGUGAACUUCAAAUUCAAUGUAGUCUUCUUCCUGCUUCUCCCAACUUGGGGGCUAAUUGAAUCUUAGAAUACAUGGGAUAGCAAAUACUUGUCUUGAUUCAAGAGUGUCCCUAGAUGUCCCAUAGCAGAUGUCUCAAACACUGUGAGCAAAUGGCUUCUGUAUGUUGUGCCAGGGCCUUCUCAAGACCGUCAGUGCCUGUCCUGUGUCUCCAGCAUCAGUGGCUGACAGGAUUCCAUGUGCUGGCAAAGACAGUCAUCUACUCACUAUAGGUCCAACAAACAAAGUACAAUUGAGUUGAAGUCAAAGUGGCCUCUCUCCAGCUAGUAUCAAGCUUAUUUUUGAACUUUUUCCCAUUUGGGGGGAAACUUUUGCUGGGAGCUUAUAUUUACCUGUCUGUCUGUCUGUCUAGAUUUCUAAGCCAAAAUGGUACCAUUCCUAGGAGAGGAUGCCCCAGCUUUGGAUUGGGUUUGCAGUGGUUGAGUUUUGCAUGAACUGUUUGGGCUUCACCUUGUCAGUGAGCUGCCCUGGGUGGAUUGGAGAAGCAUUGAUUUUCUCAGUCUGCAUUGCCAUUGAUAUCAAAGCCAUGCAGGGGGUAAGUAUACACACAUGCCACCAGCAUGAGCAGAGAUGUGGCAUUUGGACACACAAAGAUUCACACUGUUUUGGGCCUUCUCUGCAGAUAGGUGCUGAAGCCUUUAAUGCUUUUCUCCCCUUGGCUUAGCAUUCCUUUUGGGAUAUUUUAAGAAUUGACCCUAAACAAAGACCUAGAAAUGACAGUUGUUCCAGACAUAGGAUAUAGUGUCCUUCUGGUUACUUCCCAAAUUCUCUUCCCAACCUCCAAUUUCUUAUCUUUCACAGGUGGUAGGUUUGUAUAUGUGUAAAUAUGAUUUUAUGUCAGCUAUACAUGUAAUCCACUUCAGAGUGGCUGUGUUUGGCUCAUGACCUUGUGUCCUUAAGUAAGGCACAGAUUGUUAAAGGUAUCCUUUCUCAGUAGAUGUCCCUAAGGACAGUGGCAGGGUUGUACAAAUGUUUUAUACAAGUACAGAAUUGACUCUCCAUUUUUCAUUAAAAGUGGUAUAUUAGGGUUCUGGAUAUGAUGUCAUCUUGCAGACUAAUCUGCAUUCUAGCCAACAGCAAGGGCUGUGCCCCAGUGGGAGUCCUAUUCUUUCCUGCAGUUAGGUUUGGAGGGUCAAAAUAUUUCCUCUGUCAUCAUGGACUCUGGCCUGUGUAGGCUUCUUGCUGCUUUGCAGCAUUCUGGGCAAGGACUAAAGAGGCAGCAGUCAGCCAGGGAUUCUGGCUGUGCUCACACGUGAUCAUGCUUUUCACCAUUGUUGUCAUGACACCCAGUGACUCAGCAGUCAUGCCAUCACACAGACUGUCGCCCUUUCCGGUGUUUUUGUAAAGGGUUUCCACUUGGGCUGGACCCAGGUUUUGCACCUAGAAGACCCCUCUGCAGACACCUAGGACCUUCGCAUCUUGUACUCCGUUCUAUGAUAAAGCGUUUCAGUCAGCAAUCAUUUGUAUCAAUCGCUUUUGAUUUUAACCCAUUGGUUUGAUUCAUACUAAUAAAUAUUUUAAGUUUUA